GGCAAGAGAGAAAAAAUCUACCUCAACUACAUCAGGAGUGCAGUGAACUAAAUUCAGAAAGGGAUAAGGUGAGGAAAACCAGGAACCUCCCCAAGUUCAUUGGAUGUGAUCAGUCGCCUGUCUUGACGGGCGCCAGAUUGAAAAACCAAAUGAGCCAAUCACGACCAUCUUGGCACCUCACAAGCCCUGGAACCUGGAACUGUGACCCGGCGAUCUGGGCACCAAAACGGCUAGAUAUUCGCGUAUCGGGCCUACCAGCAGCAAGAGCCUCCUUGUAACGAUCAGAUUGGAGCGGGUGAAUUGGAAAUGCCCCUCCCCCCCUUUUUUUUUCUUUUCUUCGCCAACCUUGACAUCUUUUCGAGAAAGAAAACGACGAAACAGAGAGAAAAAAAAAAAAUUGUGUGUCCAGAAACGGCGGGUUCAUCGGAGCACACCUGCGUCUUCAUCGCCCCGCCGCUCUACAGAGUGCCACAGCGUGAGUCAGUUGGUUAUCGCCGCCAUACAAUCGACGUGACUGUACGUGUCAACCAUUGUAUGCAUUGUACAAUAUACGGAUCCGUAGAUACACACAGACGGGGGAGUACCUACCCUAUGCAAGGUCCCGCGAUGGCAUUUGCGCUUUCGUCGGGUUUGACUUUGUGUUUCACACAUGCGGACGUUCUUUUGCACUUGGUGGAUAUAGAUGGCCCGGAACAUAUGUUAACGGUAUCUGAGCAUAUCUUAUACAUUUAUACGGGCAAUUGUAUAUUCUGUGUACCUUAUGUCUUAGAUUCGAGCAUAUAGUCUUGGUCUGCUGCAUCUGUUUUCUCUUGGUGGUGUUGGUUGAUCACGAUAUACCGUACUGUGUAUGAUGUGAAGAGUUGUGAUGGGGCAUCUGUGUGCUUUGUAUUGCGUGUUGGGCCCAUGGUUAUCGUCACUAUGACUAGAGGCA